AUUUAGGAGGGGACGACCUCGAGGUCGCCUAAUCAACUCAAGCCCUAUUAAAGAAGUUCCCGACCUGGUGCCUCCGACUACAGUUUUACGAGAUGAGGAGGAUCCCAUAAUUGAUGCCUUAGCUGAAGUAGUACCAGAAAUGGGCAUAGAAGAAGCCAAUCACUAAUAUGCCCGUUCCCCCCAUUAAAAAAUGAGGUCGAGGGCCUGUGAAGGGUACUGCAUUUGAAAGGUUGAGAAAGUAUGGUAAGAUCCCUUUAAAUAUAAAGGAUGGGCAUAUGGGUCCUUCAUGCGAAAAUGCUACUAUAUUCAGUAGUCGAGUGAGCUGGAUUAUAAACGUACAUGCUGAAAUGCGCCAUGCUAGUUGGAGUGCAGUUGGCGACAAGGAGAAGCACGAUCUCAUCACUCAUGUUAAAGGUGAUUUUGAGUUGGACUGGACAAUGGAAAAUCAUCGUGAAGCUAUAGUAAAUGCACUCGCUGAUAAGUAUAAUGCAUACCAUUACGAACUACACAAGCACUACCGUAAAUUUGCAACGCAUGAGGAAGCACUAGCUGGUCAGAAAGAGUCGGUGGAGCCACAUGUCUGGGAGUGGCUCUGUGAAUGAUGGG